AUGGCCACAGCUGCGCCGCCAUACCGAGGCCACCGCCGCGGCCAAACAGUCGACUAUGGCUCGUUUGGUCCCCAAAUCGCCCUUGACAGGCGCAAUACGCCGAAGACGGUCACGCAGCUUCGCGACUUUUAUAACGAAAAAUCAGCAAUCCCUUGCCAGCAGGCCACUGUGCAGCAGAACCAGGCCUACUUCCCCGUGGCCGAACGCCAAUUUGUCCCGACGGAUCUGUCUGCUCAUCAAACGUAUCAGUUUCCGACCCCUACGACCGUCAGGGAUCAAUGUCAAGCUUUCACCCACGAGCAAUUGCAAGCGAUACACGCUCAAGUGGGAGAUAUGACUUCCAGCAGGAUGACCUCGAGUCUUUCUCGGCCCCGGAGCCAAGGUUCAGAGACUGCAUCUCUGAAUGGACACUUAAACCAUAUCCACCAAGAGCCAGAAAGACUUCGGCGUAACUUGCGCUCAAACCAGCAUCCGAGUCAAGCACAUGUUGAGACUGAUGACUGGGAGUUGUUUCCCCAGCGAUGUGUCGUUGGGGUGCCGCCGAAUGUGCCUAUGCCUCGACGACAUAGUCGACAUCACGUCUCUGUGAAAGCAGAGGAUAGCCCGGAAAUGUCCCAUGCUCACAUCUCUUCUUCUUAUUUCCCUUUAACCCCAAGUCAUACCCCUUCAAAGAGAUCUUUUGAUCUAUCCAUGUAUAGCAGUGAUCUAACCUCUUCCAAACACCUAACCCAGUCAUUCCCUCCCCAGAUGCCCUCCCCUGCCAGUUCUCCUCUAGCUCCAGCAUUUGCUGAACUCGCUGCUAUGCCCUCCCCGGGCUCAUGCCAGAUCCCGCCCCAAAAGAUUGAAAGUGCCUCUCCCACACCCUCAGACUUGGACCAUGUCGCCUCCCCUACAUCUUCUCCCAUCAAAGGAGACAUGGAUGCUUGCGAGGAGUCCAUGAGCCAGGUCGACCUUGACGCUCGAGUCAAGGCAUGCCUCCGCAAGACGGGGAUCUCUAAUGAAAAGAUCAAUCAGUACAUCUCCGGCCCCGAUGCUCAGGACGGGAAAUGGGACUGCCUAUUUCCGGGUUGCAAUUCUCGCUUUGGACGAAAGGAAAACAUCCGGUCCCAUGUCCAAACCCACCUUGGAGACCGUCCAUACCACUGUGACGUGUGCACUCAGCACUUCGUUCGCGGCCACGACCUCAAGCGCCAUCUGAAGACCCACGCUGGAAGCAAGCCUUUCGUCUGCCCGUGUGGUGCCAACUUUGUCCGCAUGGAUGCCUUGACUCGACACCGUCAGCGUGGCAUGUGCAUUGGUGGCAUCAAUGGUAUCCAGCCGAAGACGACCAAGCGAGGUCGCCCGCCCAAGAACAGCCGUCCGGACAUGGAGACUCGCGUCGAUAAAGCAACUCGCACUCGCCGCCGUGUGGCUCAGAAAGACGCCCAGCAGUCACCUACCACCACUCAUUACGAGACCAUGACUGAAGCUUCAUCCUCUCGAAGCUCUCCUGCUCUUGAAGAUGCUCCGGCGCUCUACGAAUCUCCCGUCCACCAUGAUGCUCCCAUGUUCAACUCGCCCAACUAUGGCAAUGGCUACUCGGUGGCACGGUCGUCUUACACGCCGCCCACCUCACCCGGAAACAGCACUGGAAAUAUCCCAUCGGGCCCGUUCUCUCCUGCGUUCGAAGAUGACAUGCUGCCCAUGUCGCCGCCUCAGCUCAGUCAAACUACUUACGAGAGUGCGCUUUCGCAGUACGACCCCAGCAUCGCGCCAGAGCCGUACAAAAAGGAGUACCUCUACAGUGACCCGGCUCUCUCGCCUCACGACAUGUCCUCGCCUCACACAGCACCCACCCUGGCCGAUUCUGUUGGCUCCGAGCUGGACCCGUUCAUCACCAAAGAUUCUGCUGAGGACUUUGAUGAAGAGUUUGCCUCUCUGACCAACCAGUCCAUGUCGAAUUAUCCCAGCGCCUAUCCGUUUGUCGACGCAUCUGACUUUGCCUCCACCACGUCGUUCUACAACGACAAGACCUUCGCCAGCCUCAGCUCACUCGGCGAGGAUUCUCUGUCUGAGCAAAUCGAAAACCUCUCUAACGAGUUCCUCGUCGACCCCUGA